UACUAUAAACAAAUCCAGACGCCACCAAUCUGUCUUUCCCCUGCUCUUUCUUCCUACACAACCCAUCUGCCUUCCCAUUCCAAUCUCGUUCUUUCUCUUGUUAUUUUCUUGCAUUUUAAACGUUUUCCCCUUAUUUUAUUACAGAAUCCCACAUCCAAAAUCUCACCAAUCAUACAUAUAGACAAAAGAAAUUUAUAUUUUCUAAAAAAGGAAAAAAAUUUUUUCCCUUCACAACAUGAAAGGUGAAUAUGUAGAAUCCAAGAAUGAAAACCCCAACAACAUGUUUUCAAAACUCAACCACCCUUUCUCUCAUCACUUCCAACUCUCUCGCGAAUCUCAACCCCCUGACUCUGAUGACACCAGCCACACCACUACCCCUAUCCCAAAAGACCGUUCCACCAACCACAACUCUAUUCUCCCUAGUGGUGGCAGCGGUGGUGGUACUAGCGGUGGCGAUGGAGCUACUAUUGAAGUCAUUCGUAGACCAAGAGGUCGUCCUCCAGGCUCCAAAAAUAAGCUCAAACCACCCGUCAUCAUCGCUCGCGAACCCGACCCCUCCAUGAGUCCUUACAUUCUCGAAAUCCCUGGUGGAAACGACGUUGUCGAAGCUAUCUCCCGCUUCUCUCAUCGCAAAAACAUUGGAAUCUGCGUGCUUACAGGAUCUGGAACCGUUUCCAAUGUAACUCUCCGUCAACCUUCAACAACUCCAGGAGCUACCAUAACUUUCCAUGGUAGAUUCGACAUCUUAUCCCUCUCCGCCACGUUUCUACCUCAAACGGCAUCGUGUCACGUGCCCAACACUUUCUCCAUCUCUUUAGCGGGUCCUCAAGGGCAGAUCGUUGGAGGGUUCGUUACUGGCUCCUUGGCAGCAGCUGGCACCGUGUUUAUAGUGGCUGCUACGUUUAACAACCCUUCGUAUCAUCGGUUACCAAUAGAAGAAGAAGCGAGGAAUACGGUGUCAUCUGGCGGUGGUGGUGGUGAAGGACAGUCGCCACCGUUGUCUGGUGGUGGUGGAGAUAGUGGUCACGGUGUUGGGGCAGAUUCUUGUGGGGUUUCGAUGUAUAGUUGUCAUUUAGGUGGUUCAGAUGUAAUUUGGGCUCCAACUGCUAGACCACCACCGCCUUACUAAUGAGUUCAAAGUUUUAGCUUUCUCAGCUUUUUUUUUUUUUCUUAUUUUUUUUAUUUUCUUCUUUGGGGAGCACUGUGAAUAAAUGCAGUUCAGGUGAUCUUAUUUUUCUUUCUUUCUUUUACGGUUAUGUAGUGUGUCAUUUCAUCAUAAUAUGAUCAUUAGUUUACCUUUGUUUUUAAUUUUUUUAAUUAAUCUUUUAUAUACGAUCAGUUGUUGUUCUUCUAUGUUCUUUUCUUCUGGAGAAAAUGUGUUAAAAAACCUGAAAGCUUUGGAGAAGCUGAAAAAGCAAAGUCAUUGGCUUUGACUGAGCCUCUAAUCAGACCCUGGAAAAUCUUCUUUAAUCAGGGUGUGGGUUGUCGAAAUUGUCAUACGUCAAAAUAAACUUUCUUCUGGUUAAACUGGGUUUUUGCCUUUUUUUUUUUCUGUUCAUGACAUGUUUAGAAUUUAGAUAUUUGACAGAUUCUUUGCUUUUUUAAUUAUCUGGUGGCAAAUGGGAGAGGUGAGCUGAGCUUUAAUUUGAAGUUUGUAACUGAUCAUGCAUAUCUCUGCACCCUUCUGCAAGCAGCUGCACCACUGGCUGAAGAUAAUGCUGAUAGUGGCUAGGGUUAUGCGUGCCAGUUUUCUUUUCAGUGCUAAUAGAGAAAAAGAAGAAAAGAAAUAAGAGUUUGUGUUUGCUUUUAUCCAAUACGUAUUCUUUAAAGCUCUUACGGUCUCUUGCCCUACUUGUGUAGUUUUUUUUUCUUAUAUUUUUUUUUCCAUUCGUUCUUUCUUAUCUAUCCAUGUACUUUGGUUUGUCUCUUUCCAAUUUCUUUGAUGGGAAAAAAGAAGACAAUGUUGACAGCAAAGGCCUAGGGGAUGGCAUUUGGGGUUUGGGAUGGAGGACUCAUUGAAUACCUCUCCAUAUAUAAAUAAAUCUUUGAUAUUUAAGCUGCUGCUGCUUCUGCUGCCUGCUGGGUACCGCAAACUGCCUUCUCACCCUAAUGAGUUAAAUGACACUUGUGCUUUCCUCUGACUGGUCAUCUUUCAUGGAGAUAAAGACACUGAUUGCCUGAUCCUGUCAGUGUUUUGUUUCCAUUUUCUUUUUACUCUCCCUUUCUUCAAAGAUGGGUUUUUUUUUUGUUAUUAUUGUUGGC